AUGCCAGUUUUACAGCUACUUGUUUAUGUUGAUGACAUUAUAUUAGCAGGAAACUCCAUGACAGAAAUCAAUCGUAUAAAGGGUCUUUUGCACAAUAGAUUUCACAUAAAGAAUCUAGGAGAGCUUAAAUAUUUUCUUGGUCUAGAGGUAGCAAGGUCUAAGAAAGGAAUUCAUUUAUAUCAAAGAAAGUAUGCCUUAGACAUUCUUAAGGAAACAGGAAUGCUUGGCUGUAAACCUUGCACAACUCCCUUCCUAAGUGAUACAAGUUCUCUGUACAAAAUGGAGAACUACUUACAAGAUCCUAGUUCCUACAAGAGAUUGAUAGGGAAGUUGCUCUAUCUCACUAAUACUAGACCUGAUUAUCAUUUUCGGGCUCUUCAACAUGUAAGUAGGUACAUAAAGUCCAAACCCUCAGAAGGGUUGUUCUUUUCGGCUGACUCUCCUGUGCAUUUAAAGGCCUUCAGUGAUUCUGAUUGGGCAACUUGCCCAACCACUAGAAGGUCCACUACGGGUUUUUGUGUCUUUCUUGGGUCUUCCCUCAUUUCAUGGAAAUCCAAGAAACAAGGAACUGUUUCCAAAUUUUCCACAGAAGCAGAGUACCGGGCUCUAACAGCUACUACGCGUGAGAUUUAG